UCUGUCUGUGUCUGUCUGUCUCUGAACCCUGUAUUUGGAUUAUCAAUUCUACUAAAUAUUACUCUAAUAUUAAUACAUCUAGUUACAGGUCUUUGAACUGUUUGUCUCUGUGCUUGCUUGUCUCUUUACAUGAUGUAUAUUGGAUUUUGUUUAUCCUUUUUUGUAGAUUCGGGCCUCUCAGAACUAUGUGGUGCAUGAGAUUUGAGGCCAAGAAUGGGCACUUCAAGCGUCUUGUGAAAGGGAACUUUAAGAACAUCCCAUUUUCUCUUGCACAUCAAAAUCAACUAUAUAUUUGUCAUCGACUACUGUCUUCCACUUCUUAUCUCAGUAAUCAAACUGUUGUUCAGAAUGGUAAAGCUGUGGAUUUUUCUUACCAUCCAUUAACUGAUAGACUACUUGAACUUCUCAAUCAGCCUCAGCAAUUGCCAGUUUGGGUGUUCAGUGCCUCAAGUCUAUCUAUGUGUGGUGUAGUGUACAAGAUAGGAUCGGUCAUCAAGAUCCCUGCUAUUGAUCCUGACUCUGAUUUCUCCUUGGCAUGUAUUGACUUAAUUAUUGUAGUCAAUGACCAGAAUUUUUUUGUAUAUAGACGACUUUCUAUAUGUGAUUUUAAUGAUCACUUUUACUCUUAUGAAGUUCAACAGUCUCCGGCCAUAGGUAUUAUUCAGUGUAGUGGUUUAGUGCAACAGUGUGCUCUUUGUUUGAGAAAAGUGGCUGGAAGGUUGUUGGUCACUGACAAAGUGAGUACAGUGUUUCAUGUGCCUGGACUUUCUAAUUAAAGAUAUUACAAUUUUUGAUCAGUUGAAUAUAUCAAUCAGUGUGCCUA